ACUUUCCAGGCUGCAGGCUGUCGGUGAAGAAUAAAACAAAGAGCGGCUGAUGGUGUCAGCCAGUCGGUUGUCGGCCGCGGAGUUAGUCAGUAGCUGCUCGGCAUGGCGUCCGCCCGUUCCACGCUGGCGACAGCUCUGCUGUCCGUCGCCUGUGGUCAGAUUAUCUUCGAUGGAGAUCAGCUGGGGCGUCAACUGGUGAGAGAUUGCGGCGUGGCCCAGCCCAGCGGAAUAUUUUCCCCUUCACUUACUACUCGUCUUCGCCGCAGCACUUCACUGCUUUCCCCAAAGACGGUAGAUCCAGGACUUAACGUCUCUACCGUUGUCGGUGGUCAGAACGUGCAGCAGGAGCUGGGCCGCUGGCCGUGGGUCGCGCUGCUCGAAGAGCGACUCGACGGACAGCGCCGCUGGAACUGCGGCGGCACGCUCAUCUCGGCUCGCACCGUGCUGACGGCGGCCCACUGUGUGGUCGGUCGGCGGCCCUCUGACCUGACCGUCCGGCUGGGAGAGCACGACCUCUCCAGAACCAACGACGGACGGCACGUGGAUGUCUCCGUGGCGCGCACCACGAUACACCCGGGCUACGUGGGUAAGCAGAACGACAUCGCGCUGCUGCAGCUCAGUCGGCCGGUGACGUUCAGCCGCAGGAUCCAGCCGGUCUGCCUGCCGGCCGUCGACGCCAGCCACACGGGCAAGACGGCCGACCUGGCCGGCUGGGGGCGCACCGAGUUCAACGGCGAGGCCUCGGACGUGCUGCAGGAGGCGCGACUGCGCGUGGUAAACGUCAGUCGCUGCGAGCAGGCGUAUGAGCAACUGUUAACGUUCGACCGCGACUUCCCCGGCGGAUUUCAGGGCACUAAACUGUGCGCCAGCAGUGCCGACGGAACGUCCAAGGACGCGUGCCAGGGCUACUCGGGAGUGCCUCUGGUGUACAGAACCACUGGGAUAGAGCGCCGCUACCAGGUGAUCGGAGUCGUCUCCACAGGACUGGGCUGUGGCAACCCCAAAUACCCCACCAUCUACACAAAGGUCUCCAAGUACAUUGCGUGGAUAUUUAACAACAGUAGUUAAUAAGAUCUGAUGACAAGUAGUACCUAUUAUUAUGGAUAAACAAUGGGAACUAUUUUUAUUAUAUUAUUUAAGAAUGGCGACAUGUUUUUCGACAAAAAUAUUUUUUCUAGCCUUACUAUCCAAAUAACAAUAAUUAAAACAUUGGCCUGAUUGCACAUCAUAAAAUUGAAUAAUGUGGCAUAACAGAUAGAAAAUUCGUUCAAAGAAACAUGUCGUGCCUUUAGAAGGGGUGAUUCAAGCUAUACCUAGGGCACUGGACACCAACAACGUUCACCCAAAGAUACAAUUUACCUUGCGAAGACGAAGAAAACGGUACGCUAGCAUUUUUGGACACGCGUAUCUGGAACCGGGGAAUUUUGUUUUAAGAUGGUGCUCUCUUUGCAAUUUAUCUCUUUGCUUAAAGUGUUUGCGGAUCUUCCGUUGUGUUGAACCGACCGACUUAGUAUGCGAAAGCAUAAUAUCACGAGUUUUGCUUUUACCGCCUUCAUGUUUUAAGCUCAAUAACCAUGGUAUCAUAUAAAUCCAGAUAUAAAUCUACUAAAAAAUCCUCGUUUAUCCACGCGCAUUGAUUUUACUUAAAUGUUUUUAGGGGUCCUCUAUUCGCAAAAAAAAAACCGUCUAACUUUUUGAGAAGCCCUAGAUUGUCUCAUGCAUUUGUACAGCAUGUCGACGAGGCUGUUCACCUUCUAGACUAGAACGGAAUUUCAAUUAUGUGUUGUAAAAGAAACAUAGACACUAGACAGGCUUCAUAGGCAGCAUUCAUUAUUUUCUACGCUCUAUAUUUUUGAAUGACAAUGUUGGUAAAAUCAGUAGGUACACGGCUCAGCUUCUUGUAAGGGAUCUGGCGAACAGGAGUGCGACAUAGUUAAAAUGCGACAUGUUUCUUCAAACGAAUUACUAUCGGUUAUGUCACUUUAUUCUCUUGUAUGAUGUGUAUUUAGGCCAAUGUUUUAAUUAUUGUCAGUUGGAUAUUAGGGUUUGAAAAAGACCUUUUUGUGGAAACACGUAUAGUCGUGUAGCCAUUUUAAAUGGAUAUGAUUAAAAAUAGUUUCCAUUUUUUAUCCCAUAAAAACAGUAGCUAGAUACAGGACGCAAAUUCCUGUGAACCGUGCUUCGGUUCAUCAUUUCCUGAAAUAUCGAGGCCUGUUUACUAAAAAAUAAGCUAAUUUUGAGAGAAAUAAGAAACGUUUACAGGAAGUUACAUCUGGUUAGCAAGUAUAGGUUUGAUUUCCAUCGAUCGCUUUUAUGGGCCUUAACGAUACCUAGUCCAUUUAAAUAGUUUGCGGCUCUCAUCUGGACGAUUCUUCUCGGAGACGGAUGCACGUUUACAUAUUUUGUUUAUUGUGUGAUAUGUUAGUACGCACACAUGUCGACGCAUUUAGAAAAGCAGAAUAAGUUUGUCCAACAUGGAUAUGCAUUAUAUGUUUCUACUAUACUAUUUGUAAAAUGAAACUCUGUCUUUCUGUCU